UUCCCUUUUUGUUUUAUUCUAUGUUUUGAGUGAUGAUUUAGGUUGAAUAUUUUGUAAUUAUUUAACAGAAGCAUUGAGGACAAGCAAAAGGGAAAUGACUGUUGCUACCAGAGGCAUUGAACGGGAGAUUGCAUCUUUACAAAUGGAGGAGAAGAAGUUAGUUGCAGAGAUCAAGAAAACAGCCAAAACAGGAAACGAGGCCGCCACUAAAAUUCUAGCUCGUCAACUUGUGCGCCUGCGGCAACAAAUUGUCAAUUUGCAAGGUAGUCGUGCUCAGAUUAGGGGUGUAGCAACUCAUACACAGGCACUAUAUGCUAGCACCUCUAUGUCUACUGGAAUGAAAGGUGCAACUAAAGCAAUGACUGCCAUGAACAAGCAAAUGGCACCUGCAAAACAAGUUAAAGUGAUCAGAGAGUUCCAGAAGCAGUCAUCACAGCUGGACAUGACAAUUGAGAUGAUGUCAGAGUCCAUUGAUGAGACUUUGGAUAAAGAUGAAGCUGAAGAAGAAACCGAGGAGCUUACAAACCAGGUGCUGGACGAGAUUGGUGUGGACAUUGCAUCGCAGUUAUCUUCAGCUCCAAAAGGUCGGAUUGCAUCGAAGAAAGUCGAAAAUGUUGCCCCUCCUAGUUCUGACACUGCUGCGGAUGUUGAAGAACUUGAGAAGAGGUUGGCCUCUCUUCGAAGAAUUUGAUGAAGAACGGGGGCAUAUUCGUGGACAGCUUUUAUAUGCGAUCCUUGUAUAAAUUCUCUUUAGAAUUAAAAAUAUAGUAUGUACCAUGAUACAAAUUUGUAUUUCUCGACUAUUUUUCUAUAGCACCAAACAUCAACAUUUAUGCUCUUGGGUGUUAUGAUCCUUCUUCAUGUAGUUUUUUGUAUGUAGUUCCUCAAAUUCAUUUCACAUUACACAUAAUGAAAAUCAUGGUCGCAUUUCUUA